AUGCAAAUUAGAGCGUCAAAUGAAAUUUUAUGCAAUGGAUUUACUUUUGCAGAUGCAAAUUCAUUUCACCAAACAUCAAAAUGGAUUGAUGAUGUUCGCACGGAAAGAGGAAGUGACGUUAUCAUUAUGCUUGUGGGCAAUAAAACUGAUUUAGCGGACAAACGGCAAGUGUCUACUGAGGAAGGUGAGCGCAAGGCGAAGGAACUGAAUGUUAUGUUUAUUGAAACAUCGGCAAAAGCUGGAUAUAAUGUGAAGCAGCUUUUCCGACGUAUUGCUGGAGCGCUGCCUGGCAUUGAGGCUGAUCAAAGAGAUAAGCAUGAUAUGCAAGAAGUGAAGUUAAGCGAUGCUCCUAUCCGACAGAUUCAAAUGCAAGAAAGCGGUUGUUGGUGUUGA